AGUGGCACAAAUCUAAAAUCUUCAACACCAGACAUCGCGGUUUUUUUCACCGUUGUCCCCCCCGGUAGCAUCAAUCCCCCCCCAAUCCCUUUUCAUCAAGGAGAUUGCCCAAGAUGCCGCCGCCACCCCACCAGAAGCCUGAGAAUGUUCUCAAGCGAGCCCAAGAGCUCAUCGGCGUCAAUCAGGCUCCCGCCGCCCUAAACCUUCUCCAUGACCAUAUUACAUCCAAACGCUCCCGAAAUGUCCCCAUCGUCUCUCUGGAGCCUGUCAUGCUCCUUUUGGUCGAGCUAUCCGUCGAGCAGAAGAAGGGAAAACUAGCCAAAGACGCACUCUAUUCCUAUAAGAAUAUUGCCCAAAAUACCAACAUCAGCACCAUCGAACUCGUACUCAAGAAGUUUAUCGAGUUGGCCGCCGAAAAGGUUACAGAGGCACAGAAGAAAGCGGAUGAACUGCAGGAAAGCAUCGAAGCGACUGCGACAUCGAGCAUCGAUGACUUGGAAGCCAGCGAAACCCCCGAGUCUAUCUUGUUAGCCACCGUCUCGGGCGAGCAAUCCAGGGAUCGCACCGAGCGUGCUGUCGUCACGCCGUGGCUCAAGUUCCUAUGGGAAGCUUACCGUACCGUCCUCGAUAUCCUCCGAAACAAUGCCAGAUUAGAAAUUCUCUACCAGAGCACCGCUACUCAGGCCUUCGAUUUCUGCCUCAAGUACCAGCGAAAGACGGAGUUCCGACGACUCUGUGAGCUCCUACGCAACCAUGUCCAGACCGCCGCCAAAUACUCGAGUCAGAUGCAUGCUAUCAACCUCAGUGACCCUGAUACCCUACAAAGGCAUCUGGAAACCCGUUUUCAGCAGUUAAAUGUCGCUGUCGAACUUGAGCUCUGGCAGGAGGCCUUCCGAAGCGUUGAAGAUAUCCAUACCCUUCUCAACCUUAGCAAGCGACCUCCCAAGAACGUUAUGAUGGCCAACUACUACGAGAAACUUACCCGAAUCUUCCUCGUCGGCGAAAACUACCUUUUCCAUGCCGCUGCUUGGUCCCGAUACUACUCUCUCCUCCGACAGUCCGCAGCUCUUGUGGCCACCGGCCAGAGCAAGAAGUCCGAUAACCCUUCUGCUACCGAGGCAGAUCUUCAGAGGGCUGCUUCUUUCGUUCUUCUGUCGGCUCUCUCGAUUCCUGUCAUCAGCACAUCCCGAUCUCGAGGCGCAAUGGUCGACUUUGACGAGGCUAAGAAGAACAAGAACUCGCGUCUCACUCAUCUGCUGGGCAUGGCCACCGCGCCUACCCGUGCCGGCUUGUUCCGUGAUGCCCUUUCCAAGUCACUUCUAAAGCGCGCCCGCCCGGAGAUCAGAGAUCUCUACAACAUUCUCGAGGUCGACUUCCACCCCUUGUCCAUCUGCCAAAAGAUUUCCCCUAUUUUGACCAAGAUCAGCGCCGACUCCGAAAUGGAGAAGUACAUUUUGCCGCUUCAACAAGUCAUCUUGACUCGAUUGUUCCAGCAAUUGUCUCAGGUGUACGAGUCCGUUGACCUAGCGUUCGUAGAGAGCCUUGCCCAAUUCCCUGAUCCUUUCCAGAUUUCUCGUGGAACUAUUGAGAAAUUCAUCAUGAAUGGGAAUAAGAAGGGAGACCUCUCAAUUCGUAUGGACCAUGCUACCGGUGUACUAAACUUCGACAAGGAUGUAUUCGCAUCUUCAAAGGCUGUCCAUGCCGGCUCGGCGGCCGGUUCCGCAGAAAGCCCUAUCGGGUCCGUGCAACGUCUUCAGAACACCCCUUCGGAGAUUGUCCGCUCGCAGCUGACUAGACUAACCACUACCCUAUACACUACCUGCUUCUAUGUUGAUCCAUCUUACCGACAGCGCCUAAGCGAAUCCCGACAAGCCGCACUGGCCAGGGCCAAGGCUGGCGCUGAGCAAGAGCACCAUGAGAUUCUAGCCCGCAAGGACAUUAUCCAGAAGCGAAAGGAAGAGGCGUCCGAGCUGCAGGCGAAGAGAGAAAAGGAGAAGGCAAGGCAGAAGCGUCUCCAGGAGCAGGCGCUAGCCGAAGCUGAGGAGCGACGGUUGGCUCAAGAGCAGAAGGAGCGCGAAGAGAAGCGUCUCAAAGACGAGAGAGAUCGUGUCCGCAGAGAGGAACUCAAGAAGCAGAUUGCUGACCUCAAGAUCGGACCCAAUGCUAUCGACAUUGAUAUCGAGAACCUGGACGAAUUUGAUAGCAACCGUCUUCGUGCUAUGAAGCUUGCCCAGCUCGAGAGGGAGAAGAACGAUAUCAACGAGAGGCUUCGCAUUACUGGAAAGCGCAUUGACCAUCUUGAGCGUGCCUUUAGGAAAGAAGAAGUCAAGAAGCUUCCUGAAGAUUAUGCCAAGCAGCGUGAGCGUGACUUGGCUGCUUACGAGGCCACGAAGGCAGAGACAUUGAAGGAGGCUGAGGAGAAACACAAGCACAGUGUCGAACUCAAGCAUCGCCUAAGCCGGCUCAUGCCUCACUACGAAUCGUUCAGGAAGUCUCUACAUGAUCGUCGCCGUGAUGAAUUCGAGAAGCGUCAACGCGACGCCGAAAGAGAGCUGGAGAAGCAAAUCACAGCCCGCAAGAAGGAAUACCGCGAGCGCAAGCUGCGGGAGAAGCGAGAACGGGAAGAAAAAGAGAGGGCCCUGCGAGAGCAAGAGGAACGUGCCGAGCAGGAAAAGAGAGAACAAGAGCAGCGCGCCGAAGCGAAGCGCCAGGAGUUACUCAGAAUCAAGGAGCAGCGAGAGAGAGAGCGCCAAGAAGCUCAAGAAAAACAAGCUCUUCAAGAGAGAAGAGCCGAAGAAGCGCUUGCCAAGAGAAAAGCAGAGAAGGAACGAGAGCGCACGCAAUCCAUACGCGAGCCAGCCGACAUGAGCCGUACUGGCUCCAACGAUCGGCCGUCUGGAGCGCCGCGUCUCAAUCUUGCCGGUGCCAAAACGUCUUGGCGUGAGCGCGAAGCCUCGAGAAGUGCCGCUGGUGCCGCCGGUAGCAACGGGCCAAGCCGUACUGGUACUCCCAUGGGGCGCACCGAUUCUAACGAGCGUCCCGCCCCCGUCGCCGAGCGUGCGUCUGGACCACCCCCGCUGCCUCUCCAAGGAAAGCAGCCUACUUGGCGUGAGCGCGAGGCUGCUAAGCAAGCUCAAGCAAGCGCUGGUGCCCCGAUUGCUUCCGGAGACAGGGAAAAUGCACCGCCGGCGGCCCCUGCACAGGCUCCUACUGAGACUCUAAAGCCUUCUGGCGCUGCUGGAAAGUGGGUGCCCCGAUUCCGCCGAGAACAGCAAAGUUAAGGUAUUGGAGGACCGGCGUUAUGGGGGGUUUUGGUUCAGUAUGAAUGACUACUACCUAAGCUUGUAGUUUAGAUUUACGAAGAGAAAUAAACUGCUUUCUGACCUUCGAGCGCGCCCCACGAUCAUAUGCCGGACUUUCAACGUUUACAAGUCAUGUUUGCUUAUUAUAAUAGGUUGAACAAGUACUAAAUUUGUCACGCUGGGUAUAGGAAUGGUAAUGUCUAUGCAUCAGGAGGUUUUGUCUUAAGAUACUUAGUGUAGUAAGGGUAUUCAUCAAAGAUUUUAAUCGAUUUGAUUUUUAAUUAUUUAUGGCAUUGAAUCCUUAUAUACCGAUUUCGUAAUAUAAGGUACCUCCUAAGCGUAU